AUGCCUCACAAACACAAGCGAAAACGCGCCGACGACGAGUCAAAUUUCGACCUACCGCCCUCGACGCGCGCUCGGCCUCUCACGGCGCUGACGAAACAAGAAUCGAUCUUCACCUCGGACCGGGAAAAGAAGGAGAAGAAGGCACAGCGACAACAAGAACAGAGGGACAAGACUAAGGCCAAGACCAAGGCCGGGUGCGGGUCCGGAAAUGCAUUCGCAGACGACACGCCCAAAGCGUUCGCGCGGCUCAUGGCGUUCCAGCGCGGCGAGAGGCUCCGAAACUCGGGCCUUGACAACGGCGACAGACCGACAGGAAAGAAGGCCAAAGCCAAAGCGAAAGAGAAAGGAAAAGCCAGGCAAAACGACGGUGCCGGUGCCGGUGCCAGUGCCAAAGCUACUGCUACUGCUACUGCUACUGCUACUGCUACAACCACAUUAACUGGCAAAGACCCAACGCCAGCAUCCGCGCCAACAUCAACAGCAACGUCAGCCACGACAAAUCCCCAUACUACUACUACUGCUGCUAGUAGUAAGACUUCGAGCAACCCGAACUCGAACCUGAAAAUCCUCCCCGGCGAGCGCUUGUCGGAAUUCGCCGCCCGCGUCGACCAAUCUCUCCCCCUAGCCUCGCUGCCGAAACAGACGACGCGAAUCAACAAGAUCGCCGGACUGGAGAACCUCAAGACGCCGCUGACUAAGCACAACAAGCGGCUGGCCCGGAUGCAGAGCGAGUGGCGCGCCACCGAGGCGCGACUGCGCGCGAAACGCGACGAGAUGGCCGACGACCUGGCCGACCAGCGCGAGGAGCACGACAUUGUCUGGCUGAGCGCGGGGAUCGAUGCGAGGGCCGGUGCCGGUGCAGGUGUCGGUGUCGGUGUCGGCAAAAAGAAGAAAAAGAACAAGAAAAGAAACAAUGGUGGCGGCAAUGGCGAUAGCGACGACGAUGUCGAUCCCUGGAAACAGCUCGAGCGCAAACGUCGCGAAGCCGGCGAUCUGGGGCCGCGCAAUCUGCUGGACGUGGUGCAGGCCCCGCCGGUCCUCAAACCCGUGCGAAAUAUCUUCAAGGAGAAAGGGGAUAGAAUCCCGCCGAGGCCAACUGCUGUCUAG